AUGUCGAUCUCUCCCAGUUCACGUGUUUUAGUCGUGCCUCCCGACGCCGAGUCAUUGGACAGCAUCUCGAGAGCUGGGCUUGAAAAAAAGGCAGUCGCUCGUGCCAACAUGGCGAACGAGUACAGUGCGCUUAUUAUGGACCGAACAGAUUUGGUGCCUCACAUUCGCUUGACGACGAUCUAGUGAUCAGGUGCUCAUUGCGAUAGCUCGUUUUGACCAACGUCAAACUUCGUUUGGAGCAACUGCAGAUUCUCUGUCAGACUCACAACUUGCAAGGCUACUCUCGUCGGCGAUCAAGGGCUAGAGAACUGUUUUUGCGUAUUCGAUUAUCUUUAUGCACUGAGAGUUGCCCAGCAUGUGAGAGUGGCUACAUCUUCAACCGAAGCACAGCCAAUGACAUUCUGGUCCCCAGAGGCAUUGCGUACCCCGCCACACGGUCUACCGGCACAAAACAAUGGAGUCGUGUCAAGCAGAACUGA